CGCCGCCGUCAUGACGGGCCGCGUGUGCCGCGGCUGCGGCGGCACCGACAUCGAGCUGGACGCGGCGCGCGGCGACGCCGUGUGCACCGGCUGCGGGUCGGUGCUGGAGGACAACAUCAUCGUGUCGGAGGUGCAGUUCGUGGAGAACAGCGGCGGCGGCUCGUCGGCCGUGGGCCAGUUCGUGUCGCUGGACGGUGCUGGCAAAACCCCAACGCUGGGCGGCGGCUUCCACGUGAACCUGGGAAAGGAGUCCAGAGCGCAGACCCUGCAGAACGGGAGACGCCAGAUCCACCACCUGGGGAGCCAGCUGCAGCUCAACCAGCACUGCCUGGACACAGCCUUCAACUUCUUCAAGAUGGCCGUGAGCAAGCACUUGACCCGCGGCCGCAGGAUGGCCCACGUGAUCGCGGCCUGCCUCUACCUGGUGUGCCGCACCGAGGGCACCCCACACAUGCUCCUCGACCUCAGCGACCUGCUCCAGGUGAACGUGUAUGUGCUGGGGAAGACCUUCCUCCUCCUGGCAAGAGAGCUGUGCAUCAACGCGCCGGCAAUAGAUCCGUGCCUCUACAUCCCGCGCUUCGCUCACCUGCUGGAGUUUGGGGAGAAGAAUCACGAGGUGUCCAUGACAGCCCUGAGGCUCCUGCAGCGCAUGAAGAGAGACUGGAUGCAUACUGGCCGGCGCCCCUCGGGCCUCUGCGGGGCAGCACUUCUGGUUGCGGCCAGGAUGCACGAUUUCCGGAGAACCGUCAAAGAGGUCAUCAGCGUGGUCAAGGUGUGUGAGUCCACACUGCGCAAGAGGCUGACGGAGUUUGAAGACACGCCAACGAGCCAGCUCACCGUGGACGAGUUCAUGAAGAUCGACCUGGAGGGGGAGUGCGACCCCCCAUCGUACACCGCGGGGCAGCGGAAGCUACGCAUGAAGCAGCUCGAACAGGUCCUGUCCAAGAAACUGGAGGACGUCGAAGGUGAGAUCUCCAGCUAUCAGGACGCCAUCGAGAGCGAGCUGGAGAACAGCCGGCCGAAGGCCAAGGGGGCUCUCGCCAGCCUGACCAGAGACGGCUCCGUGGAGGACUCUGCGUCCAGCUUGUUUGGCGAGGAGGACCCCGAGGACGAGGAGCUGCAGGCCGCCGCCAGCCACCUCAACAAGGACUUCUACCGGGAGCUGCUCGGGGCCGGCGUCUCCUCCAGCUCUGGGGAGGCAGGAGGCCCCGAGGGGGGCAGCCGACCCCCCGCCCUGGAGUCCCUGCUCGGCCCCCUGCCCACGGCGGCCAGCCUGGGCAUCUCGGACUCCAUCCGGGAGUGCAUCUCCUCCCAGAGCCAGGAGCCCAGCGGUGCGCGUGGGGACGGCGAGCUGGACCUCAGCGGCAUCGACGACGUGGAGAUUGACAGGUACAUCCUGGACGAGGCGGAAGCCCGCGUGAAGGCCGAGCUGUGGAUGCGGGAGAACGCCGAGUACCUGCGGGAGCAGAGGGAGAAGGAGGCGAGAAUCGCGAAGGAGAAGGAACUGGGGAUCUACAAGGAGCACAAGCCCAAGAAGUCUUGUAAGCGACGGGAGCCCAUCCAGGCCAGCACAGCUGGGGAAGCCAUCGAAAAGAUGUUGGAGCAGAAGAAGAUCUCCAGCAAGAUCAACUACAGCGUGCUCCAGGACCUCAACAGCAAGGGCGGGGGCAGCCUGCGUGGGGGCGACGCGCAGCCCCAGGAGCGGGCCGGCGCCCGGAAGCUGUCUCGGAGGAAGACGCCCGCAGGCAGGAGCGGGGCUGACCCCGUGAGCAGCGUGGGGAAGAGGUUGCGGCCGAUGGUGUCCGCCCAGCCGGCCAAGAGGGCAGCUGUGGGGGAGACCUUGCUCCCGAGCUCGCCCAGCCUGGGAGCCGAGCCCGUCAGGCCCACAGCGGUGGUGGAGAGUGGGCCUGUGUCCUACCCCCCCGAGGAGGACCCCGACGAGGAGGACCCCGACGAGGAGGACGGGGAGCCGUGCGUCAGCGCCCUGCAGAUGAUGGGCAGCAGCGAUUACGGCUGUGACGGCGAGGAAGACGAUGGCUACUGAGCCGCAGCCCCGCAGCCCCCACCACGGCAGCUCCGCACCUCCGUGGCACUUGCUGCCGGGACCCCGUCUGGAGCACCGUGAGGGGCAUUUGCCCGGCAAGGGGACUGGGCCGGUGUCUGCGCGUCUGGUCCGAUGUGGGUCUUACGGCCCAGGAACCUUGGCAGGCGGCACCGUCCUGCCCCACGGGAGGACACUGAGGCAUGAGGAGGCCCACUGUGGGGAGUGAGUGCCGGACUCACUGCCCCUGCGGAGCUGGGCGCCUCGGCCCCCCCUCCCCGGGCUGAGCAGGGCCGCACCCAGCCCUCCCGCCGCGAGUCUCCAGCCGGACCGGCCUCUCCGGCACCGGGCAUGGCCCAGACGCCGGCGACCUGAGCCAGCAGUGCUCUCCGCAGACGAGGGACCGUCUGUGCCCAGAGGCCGUGGGGGUGCCCUGUGCAGCCUGUGCGGCUGGCCUGACCCUGCUCCGAGCCGGAGUCAGGAGAGCGGGGUCUUGUUUGAGCGGGGCCUGGCUCAGGGUCUGUAGACGGAUGGCCGACCGAGCGUCCUGGCCACACCACUGCCCUCCCGUCCAGCUAGGGGCCCAGCCCCGCCACUGGAGGGCCCAGGGACCACUCUGAGGGCCUCGGUGUGGGCAUCGCUGUUCUGGACAUGGCCAGGGAAGCAGGGCAGGAACUCUUGGCCCUCGAGGCCACAGCCUCGGCCCCACUGACGGCAGCCAAGCCAGGCCAUAUCGCCUGCCCAGGGCUCAGCGCUCUGUGUCCAGGCUGGAGUGUGGGCGAGUCUGCAGCAGGGAACCUUGAGGUCCUGGGCUGCACCCGUCCUGGGCACUUGAGAGUCAGGGCGGGCUGUGUGGUCGGUGGGACAGGAAGACCUACCUGAACAGACACCUGCUGAAGCUGUGGCCUGUGCUUCCCCGCCGGGCUCCGUGGCCGGCCCCGGAAGAGGGAGGCCACAGCAGGGCACCUGGCCCGUGGGGGUGGGAGAGGCACGUAGCAGGCCCCUGGCCCCGUUGUCAGAAGCACGGUGGGGACGUGGCUCGGGCUUCAUCCUCAGCCUCCUCGUGUCCACCCCCGUAAGAAGUGCCUGAGCCUGUGGCGUGGGCUGUCCCAGCCGAGGCCCCUCAUGGGAGGGAGGACUGGGCCGCAGCGGCUCUUCAGGGAGCCCCAGGCACUGGCCGUCUGGCUCUGGGGUGUUCACUGUGCCGUUCGGGGACAGGACCCCCAUGUGGAGGGGUAGCUGUGGCUUUGGAGGUGACCAGGUCGCCUUCUGGGACCCGGGGCCGCCGGUGCAGCAUGGUGUACGUGGCAGGCUUCGAGACCGGGCUCAGUGAGGGGGAGGCGCCUCCGCUGGGAACCGGGGCCAGAGCGGGUGUCCGGGCAGAGGCUAGUGGGAAAGCUGCACCUGCAAAGCAGGGGAGGGAGGGGGUCCCACGGGGCGUCGGCAGGGGAAGGGGUUUGAGAGAAGAGGCAGGCGCUCAGGGUGGCCGAUGGGGCCAAGGCCCGGAAGCGAGGGGACUUCAUGGGGAGGAGGCCCGGGGAGGCUGGAUGGGCAGGUGGGUCUCUUGGCACGUGAGGUCUGGGGGCGGAUGGCAGCGAGCGGGAGUCUGGCUGAAGCAGGAAGGGUCAAGGCUCCUACAUGGCUUGGAGAGGGGUCAGGGAAGAAGGGCUAGUGAGAAGGACUGUCCCCCGAGAGGGUGUGGUGUGGAGGGGCAUGUGGGUGGGAGGGCAUGUGGGGUAUUCAUGGUUUGGUGGUCAAGGUGCUGGUCAGGGGGAGGCCCAGGCUAGCAGCCGGUAGGGUCCCUCUGGGCCGCGGCCCGUACCCUUGUGCCGGCCACCACGGCCACAUGUGUGGGCUUGAGGGGGACACGCAGGCCUGUCUGCGCCUUCCCACAUCUGCGGUUACGGGCUGCCGCAGUUGGGACAGGACUUCAGGCCCCCACUUCACCUGCUGACCUGUGUUCUUGCGGGGUGGGCGGCAGGAAUGGGCACCCUAGAGGCUUGGAGAGCCUGGGCGCCCGGGCCAGGGAGAGGGCCAGGGCCUUUGGGAGCCCUCGGUCCAGGGUCCAAGGGUCAGCGUCCCUGAGAUGCUCCGAGGGCCAGGGGCCUGACUCAGGCCGGGUCCAGCCCCAAGGAGGAGCAUCGGGCAGCGGCCGGAGCACACGUCCCCCCCACUGCACGCCAUUGCCCGCGGGUGAGGCUGCUUCCAGCCUGGGCUCCGCGGCCCUCCCUGCGGGCUUGGACGGCACCACGGGAGGCCAGAGGGCACAGGCGCUGGCGUGGAGGGGGCCUCCCUGGGCCGCAUCUUGACAGCCAGCCCCCUCCUGGGUGCCGAGGCCUGGCCAGCGACCACAGGCUCGUCCUGAGAGGGGCACACGGCAGAGCCAGGGGAGGUGGUGAGGGGGUUCUCAGAGCCCUGGACACCUGUCUGUGUUGACCGUCUGAGGAACCCAUGUCUGCCCGCUGGCAUGCCCGUGCCCAUCCCCAAGCCUGCGGAGCUGGAACCCGAGGCCAGCACACAAGCGAGGCUGGGGUCCUUGUGUGGGGGUCCCAGGCAGCAAGCAGGCACAUCCAGCCCCGUGGGCCAGCGGGUCCCCUCCCCGUGUCAUGUAGGGAGGGCUCGCGUGCUGGUGGAACGGGACGGAGGAACCAGCGCCAGCCUGGGCGGAGGGCAGCGCGCCAGGACACACCUGUCCCCGCGCAGCCGUGCAUGUCCCCACAUGUGCUGCCCUCGUGCAUGCGUGUGCCGCUCCCUGCGUCACACGCGUGUGUCACACACACCGUCUGCAGCUACCGGACCCCUCCUUUCUGGGUGCCAGGCCCCGGCAGGCAGGUGGGCUGCAGUGGGGCUGUGGCCAGAUGAGGCCUGCUCCCCAGAGAGGAGGGCCACCCAAGACCCAGGGCUCGCGUCUGCGUGCAGCACCCGCUGGUCGCCCAUCCCGCCCCAAGCCGUGGGGCCUAUACCCUCCUAUCCCCCGAGCCCUGGGGUUGGAACCACAGUUACCCUCUGACAGGGCUGCAGCGGGCAGCUGGGCCAUGGCUCCUCCGAGGAUGGGGCCAGGUCUGUGACGGCACCCAGCCCACCAGCACACUGGCUGGUGCCUCCUUGGCCCUUCCGGGGUGUCCCGGGCAGGCAGCGGGGCCCGGAGGGCGGGGAGAGCUGGGCAGGAGGGAGGCUGGGAGGAGUGCUCUCUGCGUCCACUUCUCCAGAGCUGUCCCUGGUGACUGACAUCUGUGCAGUGGCUCCAAAAGGCCUCCCUCCCACACCUGCCCGGCCUGCUGGCCACUGUCACCAGUAACCAUGGGCACGCCAGCCUGCUCAUUCUCCAGCCUCGUGUGUACUGGGCCCACACAACCCGCCCCCCGCCAGGUGCCCUCCUCCGGCCCCACGGUGGCUUCCGGCUGGGUCACAGCCCCGAGCAGGAGGCGGGACUGGCGGCCGUCCGUGGGUACCAGCGCCGCCCAAGGGCAGUGGGCUCUGGGGAGGAGGGGCGGGGGUUGGGCAUCCCCCAGGGACUGAGGUCCCCGGGGCAGUGUCUGCUCUGUCCGGGGCUGCCUCCAAUGCACAGCUCAGGGAACCCAGCGGGAGCCCCAUGGGGUCUGCUGGGGUGAGCACCUCCCCUUGGCCGUCCCGGAACUGCGCAGCAACACCUCUGUCUGCUGCCUUCUCCUACCAGGGUCACAGUGUCCCCCUCCGUCCACCUCUGGGAGGCUGCAGCCCUGACAGACUGCGUGGUGGGGAGGCGCUGGCAGGUCCAAGGCCGGCAGUGCGGGGUGGCCGUUGCGGGUAUGGGUGCCCAGUCCUUUGUUGAUGCAGAUGGGGCCUGGGAAGAGUGUCGGGCGCCUGGGCCCCCCAAGGCUGCGGACAGCCCAGCCGGACUCUUAGGGACUUCCACUGCAGAGCACACAUGCAACCGCUAGGGGACAGGGGCCCGGCCAUCUGUCCUGGGCCUUUGCUCAGCUUCCCUGCCCCCUGGCGGCCACUUGCGCACUGUUGGGCGCCACCCUUGGGAACGCUGUGUUCCCCGAGUAAUAAAGACUAGAAGCCUCAAA